GGAAGGGGUUGCGGUUGCGUGUUUAGUGCGUCUUCGGUCCUAGAUUCACACUGAAUUACAUUAUUUGUGAUGUUAUUUGACGGCGCCUGAUGGCACGCAAAAAACGCCUGAUUUCUGCUAGCUAUAAUCUUUAUUUCUGGUCCACUUCGAUGCAUUAACCGCCGUUGAAACUGAACAUAUCUGUGUCCCCAAUCAUGUCCAACGAUGAUAACGCCUGGAGGACUCCGAGUUUCAGACAAAACAUUGUCAACAAAAUGAAGAAUAUGUAGGGUUUGUCGCUCGUUUAAUUCUUCAUGUACGAGAAGUCAGUGUCAAGCAUGCUGUUUUGCAUUUUAUGUAAGUGUUUCAAAUGCUUGAGGGAUGGAAGCUUACUCAUACUUAAACUCAACUCAUAAAAUGGCCAACUUGAGGCUUCCAGCACACAGUUGAUAAGAGUUAACAGUGGAGUGCAUUUUGAUCAUCCGUCAAAUGAAGCAUGAACCAUGGCACUAACAACCAGGCCUCAGCAUAAUUCAAUUUAGGAAGUGGACCAGGUCCAGGCAGUGGUGCAGGACCAGGUGGUCAGCAACAGCCAAACAGCACAACAUUGCUUCAAACAUUGAACCAACGACCCGGGAUGCAGCGAAUGCAGGGCCUAGGUCCUAAUGUCCAGGGACAGCAGAUCCCUGGGCAGAUGCAAGGACAAAUGCAGGGACAGAUGCAGGGACCUAUGCCUAACCAGAUGGGUCAAAUGGGGGGCCAGAUGAACCAAAUGGGUGGGCAGAUGGGACCCAUGGGUGGCCCGAUGGGCGCUCAAAUGGGCAACCCAAUGACGAGGCAGAUGGGAGGUCAAAUGCCCGGGCAGAUGCAAGGCCAGUUGGCGGGACAUAUGACUGGUGGCAUGAACAACCAGAUGGCUGGUCAAAUGAGUGGCCAAAUGGGAGCCCAGAUGGGAGGGCCAAUGCAGAACCAGAUGCAGGGCCAAAUGGGUGGCCCCAUGGGUGGCCAAAUGGCUGGGCAGAUGGGUGGCCAGAUGACUGGGCAGAUGGGUCAGAUGAGCGGCCAAUUGGCUGGUCAAAUGGCAAUGAAUGGACAAAUUCCUAGUCAAAUGCAAGGACAGCUUUCAGUCCAAAUGAAUGGUCAAUUGCCGACUCAGAUAAAUAAUCAAAUGGGAAAUCAAAUGCCCCCACAACUGAGUGGACCUAGUGGACAGAUGCCUAAUCAAAUGAAUGGGCAAAUGUCAUCUCAGAUGUUGAACCCUAUGAACAAUCAUAUUGGUGGCCAGAUAAGUGGAUCUAUGCCAGGUCAAAUGAAUGGGCAAAUAGGAAAUCAAAUGCAAGGAAACUUGAACAAUGCUGGUCCCAACCAAAUGAUGAAUCAAAUGGGACCACAAAUCACUAACCAGAUGAGUAAUCAAAUGCAUGGACAAAUGGGGGCACAGCUGCAGCAGCCAUCUGGUGCGAUUGGGAACAUUCCUAUGCAGAACCAAAUGGGCCCUUCAAUGGGAGGAGCUCAGAUGGGCAAUCAGAUGCAUAAUCAGAUGGGCAACCAACUGAACCCUGGUCAAAUGCCUAAUGCUGUGCACAUGGCUCAACGAAAGGGUAAUGAAAGCGCUAUGAUGAACCAAAAUGCGAAUUUUGUGGGACCUCGUAACGUUACUCCAAAUCAGUUCCUUCGUCAGAGUCCUUCACCAAGCGUCCAGUCCCCAGCAAGCAUUGGUGCUGGACCUCCUAGUAACCAAAUGGCCUCUUCACCUGCGGUUGGCCUGGCUCCAUCCCCAGGCUCUCAGCUAGGAUCUGUCUCAGGUCAACAACGGUCAAUUGGUGUAGCAUUGUCUCCUGGGUCAUCUCUGAACACUCCAGGACAGGCUCAACCCACCCCUAGUCCCUUAGCUCAGCCUUCUCCUGAAGAGCAGGCAUACAGAGAGAAAAUACGAUACUUAAGUAAAUACAUUGACCCUUUACGUCGGAUGAUUGUCAGCAUGAGUGCAAAUGCAAAGGAUGGUGACAAGAUGAGCAAGAUGAAGCAUCUCUUAGAUCUUCUGUCUAAUCCCAAUAAACGCACUCAGAUAGAAACGUUAAAUAAGUGUGAAGUAGUUUUGGAAAAACUAGACUUUGCACGAUAUAUUGAGCAUCCACCAGCACAUUCUCCUAGCAAUUUACCUCCCAGUGCUUCAAUGGGUUCUUUGAAGGAUAAUGUCUUGUUCCGACCUCUGCUGGAGGCGGUUAGCUCUACGCUUCAAAGCCCCAUGGCAAAUCACACAUUGCAGCGUACAUUUGGCGCUACCAACAUAGCCUUAUUUGGCUCUGAUCUCAAGUUGCUACCGCCUCCUAAAAAGAAAAAAAUUGAAGAGGUAGCUAAUGACGUACCAGAGAUUCUCCAAGGAGAAAUAGCCCGACUUGAUCAACGGUUCAAGGUUAGCUUGGACCAAACUCAGCAGUCGGGUGCUAAUUCAAUUCAUUUGCUGUGUUGGCUCGAUGAUAGACAUUUGCCUUGUGUUCCUCCUGUAUCUCUUACUGUGCCUGAGGAUUAUCCCUCAUCUCCACCUCGCUAUACACUUGGACAACAUGAUUAUGGUGCCACAGACUUUUUGCAAGCAGUACAAACUGCAUUGGAUGUUAGAAUGAAGAAACUUCCUGUUCGGUUUACUGUCUCACAACUGCUUCAUACGUGGGAAAUGGCUGUGAGACAGGCAUCCGCUCCUUCAAGCUCGCAGCCAAGUGCGACAACUGUGCUGCUAGGACUGUGAUUGCCCCUAUUUGUUAAUUUUAUCAGUGAUUGUUAAAUACUGUACUAUCAUGGAUAAUAGUUGUUAUUUCAUUUGUGCUUUCUCAAAACUUUCUUAUGUAAGGGAAAAUUUUGUUGGAGAAACUAUUUAAGUUUCUUUUCACAUGCAAAUUGUACUCACAUAGUUUUGUCGCUUAUGUUUUUGUUGUUUUUUAUGGAAGUGAAUCUAUUACUAGUUUUCAUUACCAUGCCAGCUGAAUCUUAUUGUAGAGAAUUUGUAUUCUGUUUCAUAAUGGUUUUAUGGAUAAUAGUUCUCUUCAAUGUGUGAACCUUGUUCCCUGAAGAGACAUCAUGUCAGGUCGAUGUGAUAUUUAAAUGAAUUAAAUUUUCUUGUGACCAGUUUUGAUGAUAGUUAAUUUUUAUCUCAACUGCCAAUAGUUAUAAUUUUUAUGGAAUUUUCCAAUUGUUCAAUAUGUUAUUGCACAAUUCAUGUUACUCUUUUGAGAAGAAAUGAUUUUAAAGUGAAAUGUGGGCUGAAAUGAAAGGUAGCUCAAUUUGACGAAAUUUGUCUUCCUCAUUGGCUACAUGUAUGAGGUACAUGAGCUGGAUUUAUACUAAAUUAUUAUGACUUAGGUCAUUUUGCUUUAGAAAUAGUUAAAUCAUAUAUUUUCAUGCUGUGUAUUGUUAUGAAAGAUUGUUUGCUAGGCUACAGUUUUAGUAAAAAAUCCAAGAAUCCUUGUUUAAUAACAUUUCUCUGUUUUCUUCAUCUGUAUGAUGUUCAUUCUUUCCUUCUUCAUUUGUCCGAGAGGCCUGCGGUUAAAAUCCUGCAGUAUUAUUAUUGUGUUUUUUUUUUUUUUCAGGUAAUAUUUUCUUAUGCUGAGUUGAAAUUUGAGUUAUUAGAAUGCUGAAGUACCAUUAUAUACUGAGACCUUUGUAAAUUUGUUCAAAUGCUCCUCUCAUUUCCUUAUGUUUGAAUCACUGAUGUCAUCAUGUUCAUCCUUUGAUAUUAAGAAUAGCAAAGAAGCAGACUGAAAGACCAUCAUAAAAUGCAUUGGAAGUUUGUGUAUAGCACAUAAUUUCUCAUAGUUUCUAGUAUUUUAAGGCAGCUAGAAAAAAGAUUGUAUCUCUUUCAUGCAAAACAAAACUUUGUGUGGAAGGUGCAAAGCUUUCUACAUUGUAUGAAAUUAUUUUAAAAUAAUAUUCUAAAGUUUAGGUAUGACCUUUGUAUUAUGUAAUUGAUUUUGGUGAGUGAUUUGCUGUGGCCUCAAGACUGUUGAUUCAAGAACCCUUGAUUCUGCUUUGUCAUUGUGAAAUUACUGGACAAAAUAAUUAAAAUGAUGUGUUCAAUUAUUCUUUAGAAUGGGACAAUUGCUCUCAUUUGGGGACCCAUUUCUGCUGCUCUCUUCAUGCAAUUUGUUUGGAAUGAACUGAAGGUGAAACCAUGAGACCAGGGUGGUGCCUCUAAGUACGAAAUCAUGAGUGGAACAGAAUAGUUAAGGAAUCUCAGCACUUCAUAGCUUAUUGUAAGGGCAUUGCUUUGUGAUUCCUGUACUGAACGUGUUGGUUGGUACUUUUAAAUUUCUUCUAAUUUAAAACAUAAAUUUUGGAACCACUGUACUUGGAUUUUAUUCUACUCUACACAUAAGUAUUGGAUUGUGUUUCUUGCAUCAUCUGUUCACUUUAUCAUGUUUUAUUGCUUGAUGGCUGUCUCUAAAUUUUGCACUUGAUUGUAGUUUAAGCUAGUCCAAUUUCAUAUGGUAAAAGGUUUACAAUUCCACUGAAGAAGCUUUGGUCUGGAGAGAAGAUGUGUGUUUGUGUAUGCAUAUGUGUGUGUGUAACUGAUGUCUUUCAUAGGCAUCUAACAUGAGCAAUGAAAUGUAGUACAAAAUUUAUUAUCUUUUUCUCUGGUCAUUUUACAUUCUAUACAUAGUGAUAUGUGGUUGCUCGUGUACUUCAGUAAACUAGUAUUAACUGCUGUGAAUAUUUAAGAAUCUAUUUACAAUGUUUGCUUGCUGGAGCAAUUCUCUCAGUUUUUUUAAAUGAAAUUUCUCUCUGACUCUGAGAUUAUUAGAUCACCUCACAUGUGUCUUCUUUCAGAGGAAACAUACCUUUUCAGAGAAUGAAUUAACUGAUGAUAUACAGUAGAUGAAGAGCAAGGAUAACCAUUGCUAUAACGUUAUUGACCUUGCCGGCUCCAGCUGCAACAGAAAAGAUGUUUACCACACCCUGUUGAGGUAUUGUAACAAUUAUUAAGAUUUAGAAAUGGCUUUCUUGUUAUGACCACUUAAAUUUAUUAGUGAUAAGAAAGUGAGAGGAGCACAGUGAAUUCACCCACUUUCCAUCUCUGCAAAUUUUAUAAUUUAACAAGUUCUAGCCUGCAGUGCUUCUCAGUUAGGCACUUUACUAUGAUUAUGUAAUUAUUUAUUGUAAUGUUUAAAUUAAAUACCUACCCAUUAAAAAAAAACAA